AGGGAUGUUGGAUGUCCAUCUUCCGAGAUGUUGGAUGUCCCUCCUUCCAAGGAUAUUGGAUGUCCAUCCUUCCAGGGAUGAUGGAUGUCCACCGUCUAGAGAUGGUAUAUGUCCAUCCUUCCAGGAAUGUUGGAUGUCCAUCUGUUGAGGGCUAUUGGAUGUACAUCCGUCGAGGGACGUUGGAGGUCCGCCUGUUGAGGGCCAUUGGAUGUACAUCCGUCGAGGGACGUUGGAGGUCCGCCUGUUGAGGGCCAUUGGAUGUACAUCCGUCGAGGGACGUUGGAGGUCCGCCUGUUGAGGGCCAUUGGAUGUACAUCCGUCGAGGGACGUUGGAGGUCCGCCUGUUGAGGGCCAUUGGAUGUACAUCCGUCGAGGGACGUUGGAGGUCCGCCUGUUGAGGGCUAUUGGAUGUACAUCCGUCGAGGGACGUUGGAGGUCCGCCUGAAGCCACCGAAUUACGCGGGUCAUUCUCGAUGAAACAACCAGCUCUACAUAAUACUGCCAUCACCAGAUCAAUAAUGACACAUGUCUGCUGUUAGCCUAUAUAAUAGGCACAACUAAUGACGGGUCUCUGUGUUAACAAGUCAUAAAAAAACCCACUGUUUGAGGCAUUAGGGACCUUGUCAAACAGGGCUGACUCUCAGUUGUUACUCGAAAUGGAUUCGGACAUGAACAGGCCGUAAACAUUUUGGAUCCAAAAUGAAAGAUUGAACGAAGACGCUGCAUGGCAACGACCAGUAACUCAAGAUGAAAUCGCGCAGAGUCGGUUGUUCCGGAGCCUUUUUCCAGGGGACAUGCUCUGCUGAGUAGUGUGCUCUCUGUCAUGUCUUCGAUAGUCUUCUGAACUGGGACGAAGCCAGUGUUUUGCCACCAGUUUCGCACAUUCUAACGCCAACCAGCGUGGAGCGGGCGUCUGAGGCAGUCCACAGUCGUCUUCGAGGUCUCGCUGCCGCUCUCCUUUACGGUGCUUGUUCGACUUCAAUGGCGUUCGUCAACAAAGCCGUGUUGUCAUCCCUCAACUUCCACUAUCCAUUCCUGAUCAUGAUUGGCCAGAUGAUCUUCACCAUUCUCCUCUUAGAAGUUUUGUCUCUAUUCGACAAGAUAAAACUGCCGAAAUACACCAUAGAACGUGGCCGUAGUUUCCUCUUUCCAUCUCUGUGUUACGCCCUCAACUCGGCGCUGGGACUGUACGCACUCAAUAGUAUGAAUAUCCCCAUGUAUGGCGUGUUGAAGAGAUGCACUCCUCUAGUCAGCCUGGUGCUCGGGUACUUCAUGCUAAAGAAAGGCCCUCCUUCAAAACUUAUCAUUCUAUCCAUUGGCUUUAUGACGACAGGAUGCAUUAUAGCCGGUGCAGGCGACCUGGCGUUCAACACGAUGGCCUACCUGUGUGGCGCAACCAGCAACGUCACUCAAGCUCUCUAUCUAGUCCUGGUCCAGAUGCACUGCGAGAAGAAAUCAACGGUGGAGACACUACAGCUCAACAGCAUCAACACGUUGCCAGUCUUGUUCACGCUCAGUUGGAUUUCUCUUGAACCUUUGAAAGCGAUGGAAUACGAUCGAUUCGGAGAUCCUGUUUUCAUUUUCACGUUUCUUCUCGUGAUAUCUCUUGGCUGUCUGUUGAACUAUUCCAUGUUCCUAUGCACAAGUGUCAACUCUGCUCUCACCACUACGGUCGUCGCGAUGUUGAAAACAGUCGUACAGACAGGAAUCGGCAUAUUCGCUUUCGGAGGAGUUGUUCUCAAUGUAUUGACUGCAUUGGGUAUUCUCACAAACAUUUCGGGAGGAAUUCUUUAUACAUUUUCUAAAUACUUUGAAUACACAGCCAAAUCGAAACAUUUACCAGUGUCAUGUGCGGAUAAAACGCAGACCUUGAACAGUGAGGCCGAAAUGAACGGUCAUGUUGUGUCAGAGAAAAUGGCCAUGCUCUCAAAGGAAAAUGGCGUCAGUGUCAACCACAAUGAUGUCAUCAUCUCUGAUGUUGACAUGCAUUCAGACAGUAGUAAAGUAGGAGCAGGAGAGUCAUGAUAAUUGUAGAUGUGUAAAUCUAGUAUAUCUUGUGUUCCACUGACUCAGAUCUCGAUCGAAGUACUACUGUAGUCCGCCUGAUGUAUUCUAAUACAACGUCUUUAUACGACUCCUGACCAGUUUUACAGUAUGUACGCCAUCAGCAGUUAAUUCGAUUUGGUGGUGUCAAGUUUAACAACAAAACAAAGCUCGUGUCACCCGACAGCCGGCCAAGUCUUUUAGAAUAAUGUAUUCCAAAUUAAUGCUCACUUGCAUUAUAGAUGACACACAUGUCUUGCAAAAGGGAGAGGGAGAGGGAGAGUCAAACUCUGGUGUCUUGGGACUCUUGCAUCAGACGGUUACGCUGGAACCACCGUCGAGUGAUGUUUGUCUUCAUUAAUUUUUGAUGAUAUAAUGAUAACAUAAUAAUUUAUCUGAUUCAGUCUUUUCAGUAAAAUGCUAGCCUAAUAAACGCUCGACAUUAUUCU